AUAUCAGCUUCGCGUUUUCUGUGUCGCCGCCAUUUCAGCAGCGAAGGAUUGAAGCAGCGGCUGAAGUCUUUCAGCGGUAGUGGCGACGCAACGGGACAACAACACGGCUAAGCAGCGACCCUCGUUGUUUUUACGACUUUAAACUCGUUUUAUCUGAAUCUAGACCUAGUCUGUGUGGUUUAGAACGGUUUAAUCUGAAAACGGAGGAGGACCGCGAACAUCUGAAGGCAAAAUGUCGUCUGAGGUUAAAUCAGAGAAGCCAGAGAAACAAGAACAAGGAAAUGCUGUUAACGGCAAGUCCAACCAUGAGUCGAGAAAGGAGAGGCCCCAGAAGCGCGGUGGCGGGGGCCGGUUUGAACCUUACGGGAACCCCAACAAGAGAUACCGUGUGUUUGUCAGCAACAUUCCCUAUGAUGUUAAAUGGCAAACUCUGAAAGAUCUCAUGAAGGAAAAAGUGGGUGAGGUAACGUACGUGGAACACUUAAUGGACGGAGAAGGCAAAUCAAGGGUAAGUGCAAGAGACGAACCUCCAUUUGUCCGCUUGAGUUCUUACAUGUACUCUUAGAUUUUAAUGUGGGAUGUUCAGGACUGGGUUGAGAGUUCAAAAAGUGUCGUCUUGGGUGGCAUUUGAACAAAAACGGACGCCGACUGCGGUUCUGAGUGGAACCGCAGGGAUCGUUUCCCAGCUAUAUAGUAAUUCUGGUUCUCGUGUGUUUAAGAGGUAGCAUUUUUUUUUUUUUUUUUGCACUGCGAGUCUCAUUAUUGGACUUCAGGUGGUGUUCAGUAACUAAACAUGGCGUCAAUGAUUUGUUGAGUGACUCAACUAGUGGGAUAACAACAGAAAUGGAGCCUGAAUGAGUAAUUGGAACUGAAGGCCGCUUGUGUAUUCUGGUCGUCAAUUAAUCCUGUCAGCCAUUUUGAGUUUGAAUGUAAUUAUGUAACUGUUGAACACCACAGAGAAGUAUUAUAUGAAUAUUCUAUAUCAAUUUAGUGUGUCUGAAGUAUUUUUCCUGAGUCAGUUUUCGGUGAUUUCUUGUGGCGCUUGUCUAAUUGUCUCUCUCGUUCCUGUUUUGUUUGUUCAUCUUGGCUGGUUUGCUGACUGAUCAAAGGGUUGUGCGGUGGUUGAGUUCAGAACUGAAGAGCUCAUGAAAAAGGCUGUAGAGAAAGUCAACAAACAUGUCAUGAACGGUCGUCCUCUCAAGGUCAAAGAGGAUCCAGAUGGAGUGAUUGCCCAGCGUGAAGCUAAUCGGGCUCACGGGGGUGGGGGUGGUGGUGGUGGAGGUGGACCCCCAGGCAUGGGUGGAGGAAUGGGAGGAGGCAUGGGUGGAGGAAUGGGCAUGGGGAUGGGCCCAGGGCCUGGCGGUCCUUCCAUGGUCAACAUCCCUCCCAGUCUCAUGAACAACCCCAACAUCCCCAACGAGAUCAUCCACGGUCUUCAGGCUGGAAAAAUUGGAAGCACCAUUUUUGUGGCCAAUCUGGACUACAAGGUUGGAUGGAAGAAGCUCAAGGAGGUGUUUGGAAUGGCUGGAGCGGUUGUGCGUGCAGAUAUCCUGGAGGAUAAAGACGGGAAGAGCAGGGGAAUGGGAACGGUCACAUUUGAGAUGCCCAUUGAGGCUGUUCAAGCAGUCUCAAUGUUCAACGGGCAGCUCCUCUUCAACAGGGUCAUGCAUGUCAAACUGGAUGAGAAAUCCCUUCCCAAAGGUGACUUUGCACCCCCAGACCGUCCUCCAGCGCUUCCUCGUGGUCUGAGUGGUGUCGGUCUCGGUCUGGGACCCGGCGGUCAACCCAUCGACGCUACCCAGCUCAACCGGGGUGGGAUGGGCAACAUGGGACCAGGAGGGAUGGAUAAUUUUGGAGGUGGUAUGAACAACAUGGACCGUUUCGGCCCUUCUGGAAUGGGAAGAAUGAAUGAUAUGGAUCGUGGAAUUGGCGGCGGCGGCGGCGGCGGUGGCUUUGAUAGAGAUUUUGGUGGCCGUAAUGACAUGGGUAUGUCCCGUAGCAACUUCGGAGACUCGUUUGACCGAGGAAUGGGAAACUCCAUGGGAAUGGAUCGCAUGAAUUCUGGCAUGGACCGGCUUGGCGGUGGUAUGGACCGCAUGGGAGGACUGGACCGAAUGGGAAUGGAUCGCAUGGACCGCAUGUCUGAUCUUGACCGAUUGGGUUCUGGCUUCGACCGAAUGGGUACAGGGCUUGACCGACUGGGGCCCAGUAUGGAUCGGCUGGGAUCAGGCCUUGACCGCAUGAGCUCCAGUGUGGACCGCAUGGGCCCUGGUGGGUUCGACCGCUUGGGCCCGUCCAGCAUGGAUCGUAUGAGCGGCGGGAUGGACUUUGCCUCCCCUAUAGGCAUGGACAGGAUGAACACAGGCCUCGACCGAAUGGGUUCAAACUUCGACCGCAUGGGCUCCGGUGGCAUGGACCGCUUCCCCUCCUCAGGUCUUGACCGCAUGGGUUCCGGCAUGGACCGGAUGGGCUCUGGUGGCGUUGGUGGGCAGUUUGACAGACCUGCUGAUCUGGAUCGUGGCAAUUUCGGGACUCCUUUCAGUGGGUCUGGACAAGGAGGGCCAGGGACUGGUGGAGCCAAUGCCAGGAAGGGCUGCCAGAUUUUUGUCAGAAAUCUGCCCUUUGACUUCACUUGGAAGAUGUUGAAGGACACUUUCAAUUCAUGUGGCAUUGUGCAGUAUGCAGACAUAAAGAUGGAGAACGGCAAGUCCAAGGGUUGCGGUGUGGUGCGCUUUGACAGUCCUGAGACCGCCGAGCGAGCCUGUCGCACCAUGAACGGCUACCGGCUCAACGGGCGAGAGAUUGACGUCAGGAUUGACAGAAAUGCAUAAUCGUCAUCUUUGCCUACUGAUUCCUUCCACCCCCUCACUAUGCUUUCCAAAUUAUUUGUCAGUUACAUAUUUGUGCCGAAUGGUACACUUUUAGUUUUGCUUAUGACUUUUAGAGACCAAAUGUUUUUUGUUUUGUUUUUUUCUCCCCAAUUUUUAUUGUGAUGCUUUCCAAGAAAUUGCCUUUGUUAAAGGUUUGCUAAUAAAUCUCAACAUUGAGAAAUUGGCAGUGGUGUUGUGUGGUGCUUUUCAGUCAUGUUUGGCAUUAUUUGGUGCUGCAAGUAUAAAGCAUGUAUGUGUUGUGACUUUAAAUAUAAAGGGUUGUGGGUUUUUUUUUUUUUUUUGGUACUGCAGUUUUUAAAGCUUUAUUUACCUUUAAAAUAUACAAAAUAUUUUAUAGUGUUUAACUUUAAAAGGUUAGCCGUUUUUGUUUUGUAGUGGCUUUUUUUUUUUUUUUUUGAAUCCAGUUGGGUCCAUGAAAGUUGUUAACCUUGAACCUGUUGCAAAAUCUGCUUGGGGAAAUUUUUCAUCCUCAUGUGAAAUUACCGAUUGCAUGGAACCUUAUUAAAAUUUACUGGACUUCGCCUGUGGAAAUUCAUCGAAUAAAAAAUUAGUAAUAGUUCUUGUUCAUAUUAAGGACAAGUGGAGUGAUGAAACAACGUCCCAGAGGUUUUGCAGGUUACGAGGCAACUUUUAAUUCACUUCAUGAUGUUUAUGAAUGUAUGUAUAAUCGCACACAAAACAGCUACUGUGGUAAAUCAUAGUUUGUGCUCAAAUUCAAAAUAUGUGGUUUUCAAAUUUUAUACCACCACAUCAGAACCAAAGAUCAUAGUUAACUAUUUAUAUUCAUUUAAUUUGUGAUGAAUAAACUAACGGACAGUUUUUGAAAAAAUCUGAAUGGUACAAGAACAAAAAAACAAAAGAAUCUUGUGAAUCAAGUCCGUGAGCUGUAUUUAUUUAAGGAUCUGAACAAAUGUACACACAUCGGCCCAUUGGUCAUGGUCUUUCCAUAGAGAUAAAUGUCUAUGCUGUACAUCAAUGUCAAUAGACUCACAUUUCAUCAUGCUCUUUUGCUAUUUAGGGGGGCACACAGGUUUUUGACCACACGUACACACGCAAACACAGCUCAACUUUUGGAAGAGUAAGCGAUUGAUACAGUUGUAUGUCUUUGACCGUAUAGACUUUACAAUCCCAACCGCAAAGUGUACACAUGAUACAAAGAAACAGACUCGAACACAAGAAAACGUCCUCGACGCUGGAAGAAUGGGUGGGUUCGUGUGGACCUAUAGGACACCUUUCGCAAGCCACUUGUGCAAAAUAAAAUACAAAAGAAAACUUCAAAUAACAUUUAAAAUAGAUUUUAUAUGUAUUUAAAGAUCUAUAUACAAAUUCUCUAAGACACUAUCAUUGGUGAACCAGAAAGAAAGACUGAAUCAGUGAAUAGUUUAUAACUACAAUAGGAUUUAGGUUGGCAAAAAAUAAGGCAACCAAAAUAUGCAUGUGCUACACUUUACAAAUGUAUUGCUGCAGUAGUCCCUUUAUUUUAGAUACAACAGCAAUACCAAUAGCAACUGGCCACUGCACAUUAUAAGAAUCAGUGUUGCACACUUUCAUUGUAAAAUGAGACACUCGCUUACUCAAAACCACAAACACGCUCAAUGCAUAGGCACACACACAAAUUCUAUACAUGUGGAUUUACAAUUUAAUGUUUUAACUUAAAUAUUUCUGAUUGCGAUUAUGGUAACAAGUUGUUUUUCAUAUUUGGCCUCCCACAUAAUAAGUUUGGUCCCAUCUUUCAGUUUAACAUGUCUUCUAAUAACCAGGCCCUGAUGACUUUGUACUGGAUUUUGGCGGGAAAAUCUGUGGAACAAAUUUAAAUUACCAGAAUGUACAAAAAUUAGCUAAAACAAGAAUAUAAAGAUCAGGUGAUGUGGAAAAUGCCAUUCUCUAUAACCUCCAGAAUCCGUUAUCAGUCCUAAUUUUUAAAAUUAAAUUGAAAAAAAAGAGAACAUUAUGGGACUUUGGUUAUUGCCAAAUUUCACACAUCAAACAGCCACUUGUUGGAAUUUCAUAACUCUGAAACACUGAACACUAUUGCUGGCAUAAUAUUUUUCAGAAGAACCAAUAAAACUAAAGCAAACCAUGUUUGUGUAUAUAUAAGGACUGCGACAGAACUUUAAUUCUUCAACAGUUACGAAACAAACAAUGCUACCUGAUGACCAAGGCGCAUUAACAACUUGCGACCCCUAAAACAAAUUUAAAUAAAAAUAAUAACCUACAACCCACUCAUGGGAAAAGUCUUGAGUCCCAGAGUUCAAAUCGGAAAACAUGUUCACAGUAUGUAAAUUAGACAAUAAAUGAAACACAAAACAAUCAAAAAAUAACUGAACAUGAAUAUUUUCAUUAUUACUCAUAAAUAAGUCUGGACAUUGGUAUUACUACUUGCUUGGUGUUGUUUAUGGAAUGGGUGAAAGGACGAUGAAAAUGAUGCUUAAGUUGCGAAAAAGUCCGACCAGUAGAGCUUCCGGACGUCUGAAGAGUCCGAACCUUGUAGCUGCCCCUCUUUCCUGAGGUCUUAUUA